CAGAAGAAGGCCUGCCCAGCACCGGGAGUUUCAGGUCACGAAAGCUAGAGGCAUCAUCCAACGACGCUUGUGGAGCCCGCUAGCUGCUUACAGGAGCUGAACGUAUCCCAAGGGGCCUUCAAGUGGAGGGAGCAGCACAGGCAGCCUGCCCAGGAGCCGACAUGGAGCAGAAGAUCAGCUCUUUCUUUAAUUCCAUCUUGGAGCUCAUCCGUACCAAGCAUGAGGAAGGUGUCUUCAACACCGUCUGCCUGGCUGUGCUGAUGGGUCUGCCCUUCGUCGUCCUCAUUGCGUUCAUUUUCAUCUGCUGCCACUGCUGCUUCUGUAGCCGGAGGGGAGAAAGCAGGAAAAAAGGUGGCCCCAGCAGCAACGGGCAGCUGCACGCCGAGAGGAACAAGAAGAAAAAAAAAAAGAAGAAGGGUGAAGAGGACCUGUGGAUCUCUGCUCAGCCCAAGCUGCUCUUGCUGGACAAGAGACCCUCCUUGCCCAUCUAGCGAACAGGAGGGUGUUCAGGCCCUCCCCUCUGACAUGCCACCAGUCCUUUCAGCUGUGCACAAUGGGAGGCAAGGAGAUGCCAAAGCUGCUGCCACUUUCUGGUGACUUUCAAAAGAGGCUGAGCCCAGCAGCUAACCAGCACGUUGAAGGGCCAGUAGAGAGCAAGGCAGUUGGGCACAGGUUUAUGCAAGCCCCUUCUCCCCCACCAUGACAGCGUGCCCAAGGGCAGAAACCCCUGCAAAGGACAGGCGUGCACGCGGACACGUGCCCUGCUGAGCACAUGAGUGUGACGUGCCACUGGGCCGUACAUACCUCCCGCCACGAGCACAAUGCACAUGCACCGGGCUGGCACACAGCGACCGGGUGUGAGGCUUUCCCUCUGCACUCGUGAGCAAGCACACGCGACGUCUCACGGACAAGGGUGCACAGGACCACAUGCAGUCGAAGACUGAGCUGCCUGCAUGCUCCCCGUGCACAAACAUAGACAGCUGCACGCAAAGCAAGCACAGGCACACCUCGUUUGCUUGUCCUGCUGUGGAGAUGGCACAACUUGAUGACAGGCUCCGUCCAAACCCAGCUCGUGUUGGAGAUGCAAAGAAGCCAAGUGCAGAGUUACCCCACAGUUCAAAGAUGUGCCAUCUUCCCAGUCACCAAACCAAAGGCAACAGAGAGCAUCUGAAGACAGGUGCCCUCAGCCCAACCUUAGAGACCUCAAGACACCAUCUUAAGGCAGCAAAGCAGAAGGACACGUUGCCACCCAGGCUAGAGGCAGGGAGGAGAGAGGAGGCUGCAAGACUGGCCCUUUUGCACCAGCACUUACAAAAAAUCUUCCUUGAAAGACUGUUUUAUACAGACUUGCCUUUAGAGAGCCCACCACACUACUGCAAGAGCAGAAACGCAAGCUGAGGCUGUGUAAAGGCUUAGCUACGGGCAUUAGAGUUAUUUAUUGAAUGACUACUAAAGAAGAGCAGGACCAAAGGCCCCUCUGUUGUGGGGCUGGGCACACCGAAGCGGUAUUGAAGCAGCAGACACGCUUUCCCAGCACACUCGGCCAUCCCCUCUCCCUGCAGCCCUUGUGCACAUGCAGACCCACAAGCACAUGGUGCUGCCAGCUGAUGCCAUGCAGGCAGCUCUGUAUGCCAUGCAGAGGGCUUCUCUAUGGCUGUCAAGCCAUCUGGCUCUGGGAUUUGGUAUGUGCUGUAGGAGCAGAGGGGAGUAAAGUUAAUGCCCGCAGUCGUCCCUUACUCAGGGAUGCAUCAUACAGCUGGACCCAGCAUCCCUCUCUAUCCUCAUCUCCCUUGGAAGUGCGAUGGCUCAGCCGGAGGCAGCAGCUAACAAGAACACACACAGCUCUCACCCCUACUCUGGUUUUGACCCUCUGCUCCCCCUAUGACUGCAUGCCCAGCCUACCUCCUGAGGAGCUGGGGGUCUCCUCUGCCCCGCCAGGCUCUGUCUCCCCCAGCUUGUUCUGCCAGCGAGGGAUGCACAUGUGAUGAGAAGCCCUAUCACAUCUGGUUUUUGCCCUGUGUCUGUACACUGGAUGUUUUCCUCCCACGUUCUUCCACUUCCUAAGCUGCUGGAGCAGUCCGGAGCUGCCAGCCAGACAUCUGGGGGACAAACCGCCAAACCCACGUAGGCAAGCCUGGAUGGAGCUGCUGGACAUGACCGCUUCCAGCCUGGGCAAGAGUGAUGCCGCCUUCCCCCAGCUCCUGAGGCACGCACCAGCAGGGUGGCAAAGCCACCAUUUAGAAGCAGCUGCUUGUGCCACCCAGUCCCAGCACAGCCUGUUUUGUCUGACUCAGGCAGGGCGGUGAUGUUACCAUCACAUCACGGGGUUUGGCUGUGCGCGGCUGUGCUGGUAACAGCCAGGAAGCCAGGCUCCUCCUCACACAGCCCUUUAAAUUGACCUCAUAUGUGCCUUAUUUUCCAGCUUGCUUUGUUAGCAUUGAAAUAAGUUACUCCCUUCUCCUCCAAAACAGGAAGCAACAUAUAAUGCUAUAAAAAAUUAGGAUUUGCCACACCUAAUCCUAGAGAGAGACAUGCAGGAAUAGCUCUGGUCUCUGUCCCAGACCCCCAGUCCAGCCAGGACCCUGGAGAACCAGCACUGCACUUGUAUUAUUCCUUCUUCCUUCCCUCCUUUCACCCGUGCAGGUACUUUUCCCAGCCCUCCUGCCUCCAAGCUCACCAGGUGGGCAAAGCAGCCUCCUCCCACAGGCAGGAGAGCUGCCCACGCAGGUGCUCCUGCUGCAAUCUAGAGGCACCAACAGCCCCGGAGGAAGGGUGGUGCUGCCUGGAGGAAUCGAAAAAAAUCAGAGCGAAGGGAAACAUGAUGGGAGGCCAGAGGCUUACCCGAACAAGCAGGGGCACAGAGGCAGCCAGCUCUGGCAGAGUACAGCCUACCCGGUGUGGAGCUGCCAGGCUUUGCAUGGCUCCCUGCAAGAAGGUCCUUCUCUGGCAGGAGUAGUGAGUAACGUUUCAGGCGAGGGCAACCGAUUCCUACAAGAACCAGAGAGCCGUCAAGAAAAUGUCUGUGUUUUGUCACAAACAACAUCUCCGAUCCAGGCUUUUGGGAGUUCAGAGCCAGGUCUGAAUUUCAAGAGCUCCUCAAAAAUCAUAAUUCAAACCACCCCUGGGCUGGGCAGGAAGGGACCAGGAUACAACCCUGCCCUGAUCCAUCUGACCAGUAGAUGGUCCAAGCCUCUGCACCCCAUAAAGCACAGGGGCUGACUUGCUCAAGGGCUGCCGUUGUAGCCAAACCAUCCACUGAAUCAGCUGCUUCUUGAGACAAAAGCAAAAGAGCAGCGACAGCCUGAGGUGCUCCAGGACCUGUCACCCAUGAGCCAGGCAGCAGCAACCCCGCAGCACCCACACUAACAAGGCAGCAGGAGAUGCAUGGUACAGAAACUCCACUGCAUGGGUCCCCACUCUCCAGACACCUCUGCACUGCCUCCCCACAACUGCAUUUCAGUAUCAACCUUUUAUUUUCCUAAACAGUCCAUGCAACAGGGGAAAAAAAACAA